CAAUUUUGAUCAUAUUAACUAGACCCUCCAAUGGAAGAGGAAGGGACUGACUGUGGGUCAACUUCAGCUCAUCUAAGAGGAAGUUCUUAGCAAACAUGACUUGGUUAUGAAGAACCCCCAGGUAUCUGAGACCUUCUAUGACCUAUGACCUAUGAAGGAAAGAGAGACUGGAGGAGUUCUUCAGCAAAGUGAUUAAUGGAAAAAAAGUUUGCUGUUAUGAAAGUUUAAUUUAUAUCCUGUGAAAUAUCCAAGCUGAUUUAGGAGAUUAAGAACAGCAGAAGAGAAAACGUGAGGUUGGAUAAUGUACAAGAGGAGGGUCUUCUGUAAGUGAGCGCUUAUGACCAACACCAAGCCGGGUGACGGCUUUGAAACGCUCUCCAUCGCGAUGCCAAACUGCCAGGGGCUCAAUGGAAAGGGCGGAUAAAAGAGGAGAAAGUAGGCAGCCUCGGCUGGAAAGGGGCACGAUGAAUGCUACCGCUGGGUAUUCCUGCAUGAAAAAGCCUACCAGCUACAGGACACAGCCAUCGAGUCCUCAGUUACGACGAAGGUGAAAGGCAAUGGCAUUUAUGAUGACAAAGUCAUGGACAUAACGGAUUUAAUUUCACCCCCAGAGGGCACGUCUGUGUUCUGCAUCACCACGAGACUCAUCACCACAAAACACCAGUUUCGAGGUUCCUGUCCACAUAGAAAGUAUAGCUGCAACAAGACAGAAGACUGCAAGAAAUACAUGAGUCAAUCAGAUAAUGGCAUAAUAACCGGCAGGUGUGUGGAAUGUAACUCCUCCCAUUUCUGCUGUGAGGUGAGAGGCUGGUGUCCCACCGAAGUUUCUGCCAUGGACACGAGUCCCAUAACGGAGGUGGAGAACUUCACCAUCUUCAUCAAAAAUAGCAUCCGUUUUCCCACCUUCGACUUCAGCAAGGGUAAUUUUUUGACAAACAUCACUGCGAAACACAUACAGACAUGUAAAUUUGACAUGCAAGACAACAUCUACUGCCCAAUUUUUAAGGUGAGGGACGUCCUCCAUUACGCCAAUCAGAACUUCUCGGCGAUCGCCCAGGAUGGUGGCGUGAUUGGGAUAAAGAUUGGUUGGCUGUGUGAUUUGGAUUGGUCAGAGGAGCACUGUAACCCCACCUACACCUUCAAUCGCCUUGAUGCGCUGUCACAACGAAACAACAUCUCCAAGGGCUACAACUUUAGGUAUGCCAAGUAUUACACAAAUGAGAAUGGAACGGAAUAUCGCACACUAUUCAAGGUCUUUGCCAUUAGAUUUGAUGUGCUGGUCUAUGGUCAGGCUGGGAAGUUUAAUUUGAUUCCAGCACUCAUCAAUUUUGUGGCAGCCUUUACCUCAGUUGGUCUGGGCACGGUUCUCUGUGACAUCAUUUUGCUGCACUUUCUGAAAGGAUCGGAUCAGUACAAAGCCAAGAAAUUUGAACAGGUGACAGCGAUUACGAACACGUCAUGCAUCGCCAAGACCAAUGAUGGGUAUCAAGGCAGUUGCCAACUGCUUUCAGUUAAGCAUAAAGAAAGGGGAGAUGUCAUUGAAUUUCGCAGUGAGCAAGGCAGUCAAUUAACAAAGACUCUCAAGAAAUAAGAGAAGGUUUCAGGUCAUGUUUUUCUAGCACUGCAUCUUGCAAAUAAGUCAACUGUCCGUAAAUAUUUUGAUCAUUUUGGAAAGUUAAUGUAUCACUGUAACUUUGCAUGAUGGGAGCCAUAGUGUCUCUGCUAAACUACUAAAUUCAGACCCAUAAUGAUACUGUUUCAUACUGCAGGGAUGAGAGAUCUGUGAUAUUUUAUUUUUCUUUCUAUGAUUUAAUUUACAAUUUUUUAGUUUUCAUUAAAAUAUAAUUGUUGAGUAUGACUCUCAUGACUGAAACCAGGAUAAGUGGCUGGAAAAUGUGUGGAUGGAUGGAUGGAUGGAUGGAUGGAUGGAUGGAUGGAUAUUGGGUAGGAUGAAACUUCGUCUUAUUGUGUAUAAAGUAUACUGGGAAAUUUUUAAAUAAACUGUUUUCUUCUG